GUUCCAUAUUUAACUGAAAGCACAGAUUAUAUAAAUGUUAUGACAUGUAUGUAAACAUGGUAAUAUUUAUGAGGAAAUAGUUUCUGGAAAUCUUCUAUGCUGCUCUAUUUAGACAAGAAAUAAAGAAACGAUGGCAUCCAAAGGACAGUGUGAUCCAUGUUCAGAGCAAGGAAAAUCAUCACCGGCAGUCAAAUUCUGCUCCGACUGUGAAGAACGGUUCUGUGAAAAUUGCAUAGAAGAUCACUCUAAAUUCAAAGUGUUACGAUCUCAUCAUUUGAUCGACCUGUCUGCAGCUGGAUCUAAAAUUCCUACCUUUCAAAAAUACUGUGACGUACACCCGGAUGACCUACUGGAUUUUUUCUGCACACAGCAUGACGUUGUGUGCUGUAGGUCGUGUAUGCCUUUGAAACACCAAUCUUGUCAAAAUGUUUUUCCUUUAGAACAUGUUUCAAAGAAUGUAAGAAAUUCGGCAGUCCUGAAUGAUACUUUAGAUGCAAUGGACAGUGCUUCAAAAACUUUGACAGGUUUGAUGGACGGUACAAAUAACAAUAUAAAAAAAAUAGAAGAUGAUGAACAAGCCAUACUGAGGGAAUUAAAAACUGUUAAGGAAAACCUAGUAAAACAAAUAGACAAACUUGAGGAAAAGGUCACAAAGGAACUUUCUAGCAUAAAAAAAGAGAAAGAAAUAAAGAUUAAACAAAACAAAACCGAAAUAGGAGAUCUGAAAGCCGAAAUUCAGGAAAUGCAUGACCAGGUAAAUUUCCUUAAAGAACACGGAUCCAAUAAUCAGCUUUUUUUGGCUUUGCGACAACAGGAGAAAAAAAUUCAAUCAAUAGAUAGUCGAGUUAAAGAGAUGACUUCGACCUUUGUUGGGACCCGACUCGUUUUAACAGGCAUAUAUGAUUUGAAAAUCGACUCCAUCGGCUCAGUUGAGGAAACCCCCAUACCAUGUGGAAUUAAGCAUAAACCAAUGAAAUUGAACCAAGCACAAGCAAAGCCAGACAACAUUAAUCCCAUUACAAGCAUGAAAUGGAAGAAUCAUUUAAACCUGCAAUAUGGAAAGGUCUAUAACUUAACAGGAAUAGCAAUAACUGCCGACGGUAGUGUUCUUUUAUGUAAUUAUAAUAGCAGUGGGGGUCUGUAUACAUAUAGUACCAAUAAUGCGUUUAAGUCUGAACUACCGUUGUACUUUCCAUAUGAUGUUGCAGUGAUUUCCGAUACAGACAAAGCCGUAGUCACACUUCCAAUGGAGAAAAGUAUUCAGUUCAUUAAUACAAGCAGCCAGGAGUUAUGCAAUAGAAUUACAACAGACGAGCACUGUUAUGGAGUUUGUGCAAAUAAGGAUAACAUAUAUUUAGGUGGCAUGGGAAAGAUUUUUGUGCUGAAUUUGAAAGGAUCAUUUCUAAAUAAAAUCACUCUGAAUAAGAAUGAAGCCAUUUAUUCUGUAUGUCUCAAUGAAAAUAGUCAGCAGAUUAUCUGUCGAAGCUCGAGUACACUAUGGUGCGUAAAGCUGACCGGGGAAAUCGUGUAUCAGACUAAUGUAACAGGAGCAGCGGGAUUAGCAAUAGACCGACAAGGAAAUGUUUAUUAUAGCAUGUUGGAUUCAAAUGAAAUUCGUCGGAUAAGGAAUGAUGGCUCUUCGGUUGUAGUGUUAAAGGCGAGCGAAAAAAUUACACGGCCUUGUGCGAUAAACUUCAACAAAACAUCUACUACAUUUUACGUCAUUCGUGACUGUAAAACUGUUCAAAUAUACAACUGUAACGACUAGGAAUGAAUAUUGUGUUCAAAAGAAACUAUACCGAUACACGUAUAUACAACAAAGUGACAACCCCUAACCAUUG